CACCUCUAGCCGUCCCCAACGCCGCGAGUGUUACUUAAACGGAUAGUAUGGGCAAGAAUGUCAAGUCCGAGCCCGUCGAGCCCCAAAUGCCCGAGGAAGAGGAGGAGGAAGGCGACUAUGAGAUUGAGACGAUAAUACAUGCGCGGGUUACCGAUGAGGGCAAAGGAUGGGAAUAUCUAAUCAAGUGGGCCGGCUACCCCGAUGAAGAGAACAGCUACGUGGAAGAAGGAGACAUGUCCGGCGCGCAGCUUUUGAUAGACAGCUUCUGGGCUGACGUCGGCUUGGACAACCACGACUACCAACCUGGCCAGAUCCUGGAGCCCUCGAAGAAGUGGUUGAAGCGUCAAAUCAAGAUAUCACGCGGCGAGAUGGAAGAGAAGAGACGGAAGAAGGAGGCGAAUAAGGCAGCGACGCAUAAACGGGCUGGAUCCAGCAGCAAGAAAGCGAAGGACUCAGUUAUAGACUACGAUGACACCGGAACGCGCAAGCGAAAGAGCUCUACCGUCAAGAAAGAGAAGCCCGUCAAGACAGAGAGGAGACGAAGAUCCGCGAGCAGACGAGAAUCCGACAGCAGCGACGAUGGAGAUAAUACGCCUCUCAGCGCUCGCCCCAAGAAGAAGGGAGCUCAGGAGACGAAGGAGAGGCGAUCUACGAGUGUUUCCAAGGGCAAGAAGCGCAUGGUCAUAGACUCGGAUGACGAGGUGGAAGAGGUGGAAGAAUCUCCACCUCCCCGCAAGACCAAGAAGACGUAUCAGAAGUCGGAGGAGGAGAAGAAGAAGCGCAAGCGCGUCGAGGCGUCUUCGAGCGGGAGCGAGGAUGAUGUCCCAUUGAGUCAUCACUCGCCACCGAAGAAAAAGAAGACGGAGGCAAAGAAAGUUGUCGAGGCGCUGUUCUCGGACGACGAGACGGAGGUCCAACAAGCUGCUUCACAACCUUCAACUAGAAAACCUAAACCGCCUCCAAUCGCCAUCCCCUCGAACAGUGGCUCGCAAGCUAUGUCUGCCUCUACGUCCGCGGCUACGCCAUCUGGCAUCUCUCCCGCCACCGGCACCACCAAGCGCAGCUACGAGAGGCGCGGAGUCCAAUUUAUGCGGGACGAGUACACAAGUACGAGCGGGCUGUCAACGAAGGCCAAGCUAGCCCAGGCGAAACCCGCGCAGGGCGCGUCAUUACCGAGCUUUACGAAGAAAUCGAAGCAGCAGAAGGAAGCUGAAUCAGCUAGUACGCCAGCAGGAGCUGGCCCUCCGUCUGCUGGACCUGCGACUGGGGGAACGAAUCAGGCAGCAGCGGGACCAUCGUCUGCUGGUCCGUCGAAGCCGGCCCCGUUGCCUAAGAGAAAGGUGCCACUGCCGAACCGAAAGGGCAGCGGCUCGAUUUCCGCGCCGCCUACGCCUCAGCUGGACAUGGAUGUCGACCAACGACCCGAACCUGCGGCCGCCCCGCCUACACCGAGAAAUACGGAAGCUGCAGCGCAGUUCUUGAAUCAGUUGGUGCAAGAACGCGAUUUCUCUGGACUGAUGGACUUCGAUGAACCGGAGGUCGCGCCUAUGGAAGUUGAUCAUGAGCCUGUACCUCCACCGCGACUAAAGCAGGCAGCACCGCUCCCACCAGCCGAGCUAGACUCCUUCGAAUGCACGAAGCCGGUCGACUUGAUUUUCGGAGCCAGCGACGAGCCACAGCACGUCUGCGAUAUGCACUUCUUCAAUCUCACCGUCCGCCGAAACGACACCGCCGUGCCAUUCAAGGUCGGUCUCGCGCCCCUCGACCGCGUCGUUCUGGGACGUUUCCACGAUUACACGGACCUUCCACUAUUGCUUCAAGCGUGCAAGCCGGUCUCGCAAUUGGCCAUGGUUGAGGCUGCCACUGUAGCCGACCGCUCAGGCUUCGCCAUGGUCCGCGAAUACCUCAAUAGCAUGGACCAGGUCGCCAUCAUCCGCUUCUUCGUCUUCGAGGAGUGGAUCGGGAACAUCAUCUUGUUCCCGAGUGCGGCGGUCAGGAUCAGGGAGCUAUUUGAGUGCCCGGCGUACUACCAGCGGGACGACAUACUCUUUGCUGCGCUCGUACCGUGGAGGAUCGUGCCGGUCUCCGCGAAGCCCGACGAGCAUGUCUCGAUGUACCAAUUCAACGAGGCCACACCUUCGCUCCGCUCGCAGCCCGUACCGCCGGUACAAAUGUCAAGCGACAUGAAGACGGACCUCUCGAGCCGAUGGACCGUGAUGAAGGGGCGGUACCAAGAGGCCUUGCAUGUCUUGCAAUUCCCCAAAGAGGUGCUUGAAUUCAUCUCGAAACAGGAACGAACCUUCUACAUCCACCGACCAAGCGACGAGUUUUGCCCCUUUGACCUGCAGGGGAGAGAGCUUAAGGGUCGGGCAGCUGAAGAGGUCGUCGGUUACGAAACGCGCUUGCUGCAGACUGUACUUCGACGUGGGCCCAUCGAGGGCGAAAGGAAGCCUCCAGCGCCUGCCCCUCUGGAGAGGACUGUUUGGAUACACGUUGGCGCUUUGCACGACAUUGGCAAUAUUCCCAAGCUGGUCGAACGACUGGGUGCUCAUGACAUCAACUUCUACUCGUACGGAACGCAUGAGUCUGUGCCCAGGCAGAUGUGGGGCAUUCAUACCCUCUUUACUUACGGCGGUGCCGUCACCUUCACGCCGCGUUCUUUGCUCAACGACCCAUUUUGGACCGCCUCUCUGAUGACCCAGCUGCACGAACAUCCUGCUUGGUGUUGCUAUAUUCCGCCGUACGUCUUGGGCAUGGCAGUGCGUCUCUACUACAAAGACGACAAUCCUGUCGCGGUCUACAACCGUGAACCCGAAACUUUCGCGUUCUCCCGUAUUCUUGAGGCCAUCGACGAGGGACGAUGUGGUUUCACGACCGCUCCGCCGUCGUAUAGGAGCCCCGAUGCACCUCUUGAUGCACCAAUCGGACAGCCUCAUGCAAGUCAAGCGCUUCAAAUGCUUCGAGACAGAUGGCACGACGAGCAACUCGACAUUCUCGCUCUGCUGGACGGUCAAGAAAUAUUGGAAUACGCGCUUAAAGCAUAUGAUGAUAGAGUAGGAAAGAGCGAUAGGGAUCUCGACAACUUCAUUCUCGAUGAGCUACAGGACGACUUCGCGGCGGUCCAAGUGCAACCUCCUAUCUUGUAUGAGUACCGCAGGUUCAUCAUCGUGCAUGGACCUCGUGAGCUUGCGUUGAGGCGAGAUAGGUUCGAAUGCAUGACUGUGGACGGGCUGGUCUUCAAGGACGGCUUCUUCGACAUAUCAUUGGAGGGCGCCGCUGUCAAGUCAUGAGCAGCCCUGAGACGUAGCCUUUGCGUCGCUGAUGAGAUCCCCUCUCAUCCAUGCAUUCUAUGUAUAUUGCUGUCUUGCUAUCUCGCGCUGGACUUUUGGAAUCAAAAUGUUAAUGUACAAUGUAGCGUGAUUAUAUAGC